CACGGCAGCAGCUGGUGUAGCGGGGAGGAGGAGCUGAGCCGCAGCUCGUUCAGCCAUGUUAGUUUCUGUUCACAAACGAUGAGAGGACAGUCAUGGCCUUGUCACUGAGCGGAGACGAUGAGGAAUAUGAGUCAGAGUCGGAGCAGCAGCGGGCAGCCAACCGGCCAAAGCCCAAAAUGGGAACGUCAUCAACAGUUAAGCUGGCGUCUAACCGCAGCACGUCUGGAGCCAGGCGCAGGAGGACACGCUGCCGUAAGUGCGAGGCGUGCCUCCGGACAGAAUGUGGAGAGUGUCACUUCUGUAAGGACAUGAAAAAGUUUGGUGGACCAGGGCGCAUGAAGCAGUCCUGCAUCAUGAGACAAUGCAUUGCGCCUGUCUUGCCCCACACAGCAGUGUGUGUGGUGUGCAAAGAGGCGGGGAAGGAGGACACGCUGCAGGAUGAUGAGGACAAGUUCAACUUCAUGCUAAUGGAGUGCUCUAUCUGCAAUGAAAUUGUCCAUCCCAACUGCCUGAAGGUCAACGAUGCAUCAGGAGUGGUAAAUGAUGAACUACCAAACUGCUGGGAAUGUCCAAAAUGCAACCAUGCUGGGAAGAGUGGAAAAGCAUUAAAGCAAAAAAGGGGUCCGGGCUUCAAGUAUGCCUCCAACCUCCCUGGCUCUUUGCUGAGGGAACAGAAGAUUGCCAAAGAGGAGGGUGAUGUUCCCUUGGCAACCAAAAAGAGACCCGACAGGGAGGAGACACCCAGGUACAGGCCGGAGGAUGCUCUCCACCGACAACCACCACUGCUUUCCCCCAGCAGCCUGCCACGGCCCAGGCCUGAGGACAAACUGAGGAAGAAGAGGAAGCUGUUUGAUGAUGAGGAGGAAGGAGAAAUUGGAGUGAAGAAGAAGGAAAAGACGGAUGAACUGUAUUUUUCCAAACUUCACCAAAUCAAGACAGAGGAGGAAGAAGAUGGGUAUGAGGAAGAUGAUGACGAAAGAAGGGAGUCUCACUACCGAAACAGUGUAGACAGGAAGGUCCGGCUUGGAGAGACUGAAGAGGAAGGGGAUUACAAGGACCUUAAGAGUGACUCUUUAAAUCCAUCCAGUAAAACCCCAGUUGGAGACAGUGACCAGUCUCAUUGCAGCUCUCCACAGGCGGGACCCAGCAGCGAGGGUGGAAGCGAAACGCAGGAAAAAGGUCCCCGUCCAAAAGCUCGCCGUAAGCGGCGCUUGCCUAACAGAGACCUGAGCCGAGAACUGAGCAAAGCACUGAACCAGGAAAUCCAGAAGACGGAGGACUGCCUGGCCAACGAGAACCGGCAACCUCUUAAGGUGGAACCGGAAACGGAAAACGAGGAACCUAAGAGGUUGUUCCGCAAUUGUAAUGAACUUGGCGAUCAGAGGUCCCACCUGAAGACCAAAGAGAUGAACGGAACUCCAUGGGAACUCCGCCACUUCUACCCGAGUCAGAUCACUCCACUGGGCUUCAACCGUAGCACCCCAACCACCCGGCCCGUGCCCCCACGAUCCCCUCCCAAAUGCAUCCAAAUGGAACGGCAUGUUAUUCGGCCCCCGCCGAUAAGUCCACCUCCUGAUAGACUGCCCCUGAAAGAUGGAAAAGCACAUGUCAUACAGCGUGAGCUCUGGAUGAAGAUAUUUCACCAUCUCACACACCAAGAGCUCUGUGUCUGCAUGAGAGUCUGCAAGACAUGGAACAGAUGGUGUUGUGAUAAGAGACUUUGGAUGAAGAUCGAUCUGAAUCGCUGCACUUCCAUCACUCCACUUAUGCUAAGCGGGAUUGUUCGCAGACAGCCAGUUUCGUUGGACCUCAGCUGGACUAACAUUUCCAAAAAACAACUAAGUUGGCUCAUUAAUAGAUUGCCAGGUCUGCGAGUAUUGAGGCUCUCAGGUUGUUCCUGGGCUGCCGUAUCUGCACUCUGCACCUCCAGCUGCCCCCUGCUUCGCACCCUAGACGUCCAGUGGGUGGAAGGACUCAAAGAUGCACAGAUGAGAGACCUCCUCUCACCUCCCACAGACAACAGACCAGGCCAACUGGAUAACUGCUGCAAGUUGCGCAACAUAGAGGACCUGCGACUGGCUGGGCUGGACAUCACUGACCUGUCCUUGCGUCUCAUCAGUCGACAGAUGCCUUUACUCUCCAGGCUGGACCUGAGCUACUGCAACCAUAUCAACGACCAGUCUGUCAACCUGCUUACAGCAGCAGGGACCACGACCAGAGACUCCCUCACAGAAAUCAACCUAUCAGUUUGUAAUCGAGUCACAGACCAUUCCUUAAACUUUUUCAAGCGCUGUGGAAGCAUCUGUCAGAUCGACCUUCGCUUCUGCAAGCAGGUGACCCGGACGGCCUGUGAAAGGUUUAUCGCAGAGAUGUCUGUGAGUGUCCCAUUCAAUCUGAAAGAGGACAAACUGCUGCAGAAGACAAGCUAGUUCCUAACAUGACAGAAACCAGUUACAGACUUUCUUUGCACUUAAUGGAACAACUGGUCCUGUGACGAGUCUCUGAAUCACUGUCAUAAUAAACUGAUGUGAGAGAAAGUUCUGGAAGCAGAUCUUGGACUCUAACGUAAGGUGAUGCAUUUUCACGGGACGUAAAAAAAAAAAAAAAUUAAAACGCCAUGCAUGCAUUUCUGUUAAGACUGUACUUUUAUAAAGAUGUGGUUGUAAUUGACAAUUGAGUUAUUUUUAUUCUUUAAAAAGUUAAGAAUAGUAUUUUUUUACAAGCAUCAUUUCAUAAGUUUAGUGUCUCAGGAGUUGUAUACGAGAGAUCAAUAUAUAGGUGAGCCUGUCUGAUAUAAGAAACAAAAACUGUCCUUCAUUUUGCUGUCACUUAACAGUGUCUAUGUGCCAAAAUCUGCAUUUGACAUGCCAUUUCAGUAUCAGACAAAAAAAUUGCAUGUAAUCUGACUAAAUUAUCAUAAAUACUUUUUAUGUAGAAUGUAUAUCUGUGAUAAAAUGGUAAACUUCAUAAUUCUGACACACUUAUGUUUUAUAUUGAUAUUUUUAAAUGUGGAGUACUUUUGUUGAAUAGGGUUUUCAUCAAUAUUUCAACAUAAUUUAUUGGGUUUUUUUUAUUUUUUUUUUAUUACAAUUUGUAUUUAUUCAUUUAUUCAAUAACUUGGCAUAGGUGUUUUACGUGAGUGAAAUAAUGCAAAUAAUUUAACGGACUGCUUUGAGCCUGUUGCAGCAUGCAGCCAGUGGGGUUCAACACUCAAGUCAGUAGCAGGAAGUUUGCAGUCACAACAGACCUAACACUUGACUUUUUUUAACGCAGUCAACCCCACUCAUCUGGUAUUCUAUAGAGGCAAUUAAUUCUGACUUUUGCAAAUAUUUGCAUAAAUCUACAAAUAUGCUCCAUUACAUAAUGUGUUGUAUUUUGGGUGUUGUGCUGUAAUCUAUCGCCUCAGGUGAAAGUGAUGUUUAUACUUGUAAAUCCAAAAAUGAAGUGCUAAUAAUGCAUUAAAAAGGAUUUCAUUUGUACCAUCAUUGAAUCUUGGAUUUUCAUGUUGGUGUGAGUUGUUUUACUAAUCAAGGUUAAAAGGUUGCCAUCUCCUCAAAUAUUCAAAUCCCCUACUAUCCCCUUUCUAAUGAGGUGCAUUAAUGGGAAUGCUUGAAAAUUAUAUUAUCAGUUUAUAAGAAGUAUUUGGCAGCAACUACAAGUGUAUUUGAAUAGAGGAGGUAAUUAUUUAUUAUUUAUCUUAGUUGUGCAUUCCUGCAGUGAAGGAUGCAUUUCUCUGAACUGAGAGAACUAUGACAACGUCAAACAAAUGUACGAUACUGUUGAACAGCAGUACCAAAGCAAUGUCUGGUUUUCAAUGUCAUUUUGGUAAAUGAUGAUCGAUUACUGAAUUUUUCAGUUUCCAUUUGACCAAUGUGGGUUUUUCCCUCUUUAAUGGAGGGGUACCAACUUUAUUUUUAUUUUAUUUUUUAACUUCUCAAUGCGUGACUUUUUUUUUUUU